AUGCCCAUGAUCCGCGCGCCAAUCGGAUCGUUGGGCAUCCCCGGACACAAUGCAUCGAGCACCCAACAACCCCCAACCUCUACCUCCGCGACCGCAUCUGCUCCAAUCCUCACAGCGUCCACUACGGCAUCUAUUCUUACCAUUACUGCUGCAAAUCCCAGUGUCCUGCCUCCGUCGACCAUCCACACGCCCUUCAUUUCUGGCAAAACCUCCGCGGCGACGACUACGACCGCCCCUAUUACCUCUGUUUUCGACCGAAACGCGUCCGCCACUCUUUCAACCUCGACCCUCACUUCCAGCACUGUGAACUCGGUUCCCACCUGUCCUCAUCGCGAUCGCGGAUUCACUUCAUGCAUCGGCGUGAGCGGUCGCUUGCGGACCCAUUACACAGCGACUGCCAGACCAGUGUCUGCAUCCUCGACAUGCACUUAG